AUGGCGUCACAGGUGCUCUGGGGACUGACAGGUGGAGCCUCUGCAGCUGUAGAUGGGGCGGAGCUCGGCAAGCCUCGGGAGAGGAGCUAUAGCCUGCCUGGCGUCAAUUUCAAUUACGGCCUCUACAUCCGGGGGCUGGACGGAGGGGUCCCCGAAGCCAUCGGACACUGGAACGUGUUUAGGCAGCAGCCCACCUGCCCCCAGGAGCUGACCCGUAACUACAUCGCCAUGAACUGUGGAGCUGUGAAAGCGGGCCUGGUGACAGCCCACGAGAACGUCCUGUACCGGAAACUCAACGACAUUCGCAUCAGUAACAAGGAUGACAGGCGUCUCAGGAAGGAACCGCCCUCCAUCCCCCGGAAUAUGACGUUUGGGAUCCAGGCACGGCCAUCGACACCCUUCUUUGACCUGCUACAGCACCGGUACCAGCAGCUGUGGGUGCAGGAGCAAAAGGCCACCCAGAAAGCCCUCAAACUGGAGAAGAAGCAGAAGGUGGCCCUGGGCAAGCUGUACGAGACCCGGAGCUGUCAGCUGAGGAAGUACAAGCCGCCAGUGAAGCUCGACAGCCUCUGGAGCAUGCCUCACUACCAGAAGGUGGGCCCCCAUCUCCACACGUUCCCAACCGAGGCUGAUCGCCAGAGAGCACUCAAAGCCCACCGGGAAGAGCGAGCCGUGCGCCAGGGGACCCUGAGGAUGGGCAACUACACUCAUCCCUAG